AUGCGUCGGCGACGAUCAGAUGAGCUGCCGCGGUUCAUAGACGAAGCUAAAUCUCCCUCGUUCCGCCUGCGACGCCGCCACACGUACUACUUCCUCGGCUUCUUCCUUAUCUGCUGGAUCCUCUAUCCAUCGCGCAAGACGACACCUCAUACUGGAGAUACUAUCAGGGUCAAUUGGUCGAAUUAUGCGUACAGCGUGUACGCGACCGACAGCACCCAACUAUGCCACGCCGUGAUGGUCCUGGACGCGCUCGCUCGAUUCGGUAGCAAGGCAGACCGCGUCCUCUUCUACCCGGAGUUUUGGGACACAAAAGUAGACAGCGCCCAGGACCGAGACAGUCAACUACUCAACUUAGCGCGCGAUGUAUACAAGGCAAAGCUUCAUCCUAUCAGGCUGCUUGAGGUAGCAGGCCGUACAGAAGGUGACUGGGUAUGGGACAAGACCGUCACGAAGCUCAUGGCCUUUGGUCUGGAGUACUACGACCGCGUAAUCGCUUUAGAGUCGCAGAUCACGCUCCUCGACACUCUCGAUGAGCUCUUCCUCCUCCCUCAGACGCCGAUAGCGAUGGCACGGGCAUACUGGACGGAUAGCAAACCGUGGCCAUUGUCGACGACGCUCAUGGUUGUCAAGCCUAGCCUCGACGAGCUUGCGAAGUUCAAGAACCGCAUGGAAGGGGGUGGUGAUAGCAUGUUGGUCGAAAUGCACAGAUAUGACAUGGAGAUCCUCAACGAACGCUUUGAGGAGAGCGCGCUAGUACUUCCACAUCGACCUUACGCCCUUCGUACGGCAGAGUUCAGGCGCCACAAUCAUUCCGAGUAUCUGGGCAGCGCUGAUGAGACAUGGGACGCUGAGAAGGUCUACAAGGAGGGGAAGAUCAUCCAGUUCAGCGACCUGCCGCUGCCUCCCCCAUCAGUCAUGUGGUCAGAACAGGCGUUAGAGGAGAUGCAGCCCGAUUGUGGCGGCAGCCCCGAGGGAACCUGCGCUGAGAGACGGAUAUGGAAGGGCUUAUAUGAAGAUUUCAGAAAGAGGCGGAAGGACGUUUGCAAGCUGCUCAGCGUGCCAGCACCGGAUUGGGCCAAGAUCAAAAGCGAGCUUCAUCACGAGGUUGUGACUGGGUUUCGUAGUGUUGCGCCGGUAGGUGAGGCUGCGUCUGCGUCUGGUUCUGGUUCUGGUUCUGGUUCUGGUUCUACUUCUACUCCUGGUGCACCUUCACAUGAGAAAUAG